ACUUCUGUUGCAAUUGCAAAAUUUGUUGUCAAAUUGCCGCAAAGUUGUGUGUGAAGUGAAGAUAAUUUUAUUGUUUUGCUCCAAGAUUUUGUCCAAAUAUUCUGCGAUAAGGCUGCACAAUGAAUUUAUCGGACGAUAAUACAUUUGGAAAUGGACUUCUAUAUGUAGGAUUUAAUCAGGAUCAAGGUUGUUUUGCUUGCGGAACGGAGAAUGGAUUUCGGGUGUUCAAUAGCGACCCACUUAAGGAAAAAGAGCGACAGAAUUUCGCUGAAGGUGGACUUUCUUACGUAGAGAUGUUAUUCAGAUGCAAUUACAUGGCCUUAGUAGGCGGUGGCAAAACCCCCGUGUAUCCUCCGAACAGAGUCAUAAUAUGGGACGAUUUGAAAAAAGAUUCUGCAAUAUCACUUGACUUCAAUAGCCCAGUUAAAGCUGUGAAACUACGAAGAGACCGCAUUGUUGUUGUGUUGGAGAACUUGAUCAAAGUGUACACAUUCACGGCUCAGCCUCAGAUGCUGCAUGUGUUUGAGACCUGUCAGAACACCCGGGGGCUUUGUGUAGUGUGCCCCAAUAGUAACAACGCUCUGCUUGCGUACCCCAGCCGCAAAACGGGACAUGUGCAGUUGGUGGAAUUGAGUAGUCACGCAGGGCCUAGCACAGCACCAGAGGGACACUUAAUAGCUGCCCAUGAGGCUCCACUCAGUUGCCUGGCUCUGAAUGUUGGCGGCACCAGACUGGCCACUGCCUCUUCCAAGGGUACUCUCAUUAGGGUCUUUGAUACAGCUACUGGUCAAAAACUUGCUGAACUCAGGAGAGGAGCUCAUCAGGCUACAAUUUACUGCAUAAACUUCAACCACUCAAGCACCAAUCUCUGUGUCACAUCAGACCAUGGAACGGUACAUGUGUUUAGUCUAGAAGAUGACAAGUUGAAUAAGCAAUCAAGUUUGGCAACAGUCAAUUUCUUGCCUAAAUACUUUUCAAGCAAUUGGAGUUUUUGCAAGUUUACCAUCCCAAAUGGACCCCCUUGCAUCUGUGCGUUUGGAGUUGAUAAAAGUUCUAUUAUAGUUAUCUGCGCUGAUGGAUCUUAUUACAAAUACAAGUUCAAUGAAAAGGGGGAAUGUACAAGAGAUGUGUAUGCCCAAUUCUUGGAGACAUCGGAAGACAGAUAAACAUGUUAAACCUCAGAGAGGAUGAGAUUAUACAAACUUUCACCAGAAAACUGAGUGUGUAAGUGAGGUUGUCUCCCGUGAGCUCAUAUAAUGCGAUAUUUGUUGAAUGUCUCGUGUGAUUUAUUAGUGAUAUACAACCAGAAAUUUAUAGAAAUAAAAUAAUAUUUGUAGAUGUAAAAAUCAUAUAAUAAAUAUAUUUAUAAAUACAGAAAUAAAUUUAACAUGUAUUUUCAAGUGUAACAUUGGCUAUAGCCAAAAAACUUGGAUGCAAAAAAAUCACAUAUCAUUUGAUCAUUGAACUUCAUGGUGUAAAUCUUUUAGUUAGAUGUUGGAGGCAGACUCAUUUAUAAACACUUAUUGGCAACUAGAACAUUUGGCUGCAUUACACAAGUACCCUACCCUUUAAAACUAUGAUAGGAAUAGAACUUCAGUAGUAAUGUAUUGUACUAGUUGUCCUGGGCGAGAAUGGAUGUAAUAUUACAAAAGCAGUAAGAGUACAGCAUUGUAUGUAACAUAUUUAAUAUUAUAAUGUUGUGGUUGUAGCCAAUUUGUUGUCUUUGCCGGGUGGCAUGUACAUAGACUCCGGUCUGGUCGCGACGGCUUUUUAUCGACAAUACUGCUAAAAGUAGCAUGAGCUGUCUCAUGCCACUGCAAUGAAUUAUUGAGGAGCAAUGAAUCAUGCAAGCAAACAUUCACAUACUUUACCGCACGCAGUUAGAAAUAUCACUAGAAAACACUCAUUCCAUGUAAGCUUGCCAUUAAAAAACGGUAAACGCCUAUGUAAUAUUAAAUGUUCUAAUAAAAAUACUAUAUACAUUUUGUAAAUUUAUAACAUGUAAAACAUUUUUUUGUAGGCAAAAUCAACUUUUUAUAUUGUUACUUUGAAUAACCUUACAUAAAACUUAUAAAAAUGUUUAUUACAAUGUUGAUGUGUUCUCCUUUCUUAUGAUGUUUAUUAAAGAAUAAAUACUUAAAUUCAGUAUAUUUUAUAAACUAAAACGAGUCAUUGAGUUAUUCUGCAAGGACUGUUUUUAAUUUAAAGUAAAAUAGUAGCUUAUUAGCUGCAUGUUACUCAUUCGCGUUGAGAUAUCUUUUGGAUAAUUGGAUUCGUUAAAAUUUAAGACUGGAUCUUUGUUCAAUAUUUGUUAGUUACUUACUAUUACAAUAUUAUUAUCGCAAAAUUGCGCAUUAUGUGUAGAAUUAACUUAAGUGAAUACUACUUUAUUGACAUGUUACAAUAUUAUUUAAUGUAAACUCUUUUCUAAGAAAUCAACAUUUAUAUGAUUCCGAAAAAUUAUAUAGAAUUUGCUGCUGUUUUGUUUGAAAUGAGCAUAACAGGUACAAUUCAAUACAAUGUUUUUUGAAUAAGUAUCUUCACUGUUUCAUUUUACGAUUACUUAUUAGAGACGUGAUAAGUGUGAUACGAAUUAAUUGAUCAAGUGGUGCAAGUAAGACGAACCAAAGAAUGUGAGACAUAAUUUUGUAAAAUAUUGCCUAUGUCAACAAGGCUACUCAAGAGAGUAGUAAGUUAAUGGGACAACAGAUAGGGAUUUUCAUCUUUUGAUUAGCAUGGAUGCUGUAUUCAUAUUAUUUGUGCUAUUAAUAUAUACUACAUGUUUUACCGUGCCUUUUGCUGUUAUAAAUAUUAUGCCAAAUUAAAUACACAGCUUUAGUUUCAUAAUCUUUAGAUCUCGGCGACAAAAUUCAUAUAUUUUACGCGAUUACUUCCAAUUAGCUAUUGGUUUUAACUUCAUCUGUUAUUAAAGUAAAAACAAUUUACCAUAAAAUGUUAUUAAAAUCGAUAGUUUGCUGAUUUUUAUUAUUUUAUAUAUAGGUGACGAGGCUCACAAACAUAUUGCUUUAAAAAUAUUUCUAGAAUGUAAAAAGAUAAUUUUCUUUUGAAUGGAAUUGUGAUUUCUGAUGUUUUGUGCUCGAUACUUUAUGCUCAGUGUUAGACAUGCAAUCCCAGUUCAUUUUAUGUACCUACGACACUCGGUGAUUAGCAGCUGUAGAAUUAUAUUUUUUUUAAGAAUCAUAUUAUUUUUUGUGAUGUUUGUUAACCAUGCAAUGUCCUUUAAUUGUAAUCAAGUAACUUUUUUAAUAAAUUAAGUAUAUUUUUCAAAA